AUGAGCGUAGCGCCCAACCGUAGCGUCACCGUAGCGGGCGGGCGGAGCGAACGCUCAGUCCGCGACCGGCAUCCGAUGCGUGCGCGCAUGAAAGCUAAGAGGCCGGUGGGCACAAUGAGAGCGCCGCUGAAUUGGCACAAAUGGCUAGUGUUGUCGCUGCUCGGAUUGGCUUUGUCCGCUUGGCCAAUUGGCUGCGAUUAUAGUUCCAUCACCGAGAAAUUUGGAGCGGAAGCCGUUGCUCGAUGCAAUGAGAAAUGCCCGUUCCAGAAUCGCACCGCAGACGGCCAUUUCGACGUGAACUGCGGCUCUGACUGCAGUGUGCAGCAAUGUACAUUGGGAUGCAGCUUAUGGCAGCAAGGACUGAAGAACUCUUGCCAGACUAUCUGCAAUGUAACAUCGGAAACUGUAUUUUCCCGGGAACUGUAUUGUGUGAUGGGAUGUAAUGAGGCUCUCAAUACCUACUUCCAAAAAAUAAGAGAGUUGAUUGGAAUACCUACCGCGCCAGCGCUCGUCGCGGACAGUCUGACUGCAACAUCACUUUCACUGGUUUGGGAGGCGCCCUAUCUUGGUAUCCUGAGCUACCUGGUGCAAUGGCGAUACGAAGAAUUGCCUGGCAGCUGGCAAUACUAUUCAAACACAAGCCACUUCGACCGCUCUAUUAUACACGUUGACAAUCUACGUCCAUACACAAAAUACCGAUUCCGAGUGGCGAUCUUCUUAUCCGGUCGAGUCGGGGCCGGCGAGCCGGUAUAUUCGGCCCCCUCGGUGGUCAUAUCGACGUUGGAGAGCGGCAAGCCUAGUUCCGCGCCCGCGGCUUUGCGCGCCGCGGCGCCCGAUCCCAGCAGGGUGGCCAUCUCCUGGGAGCCGGGGCCUUUUCCCAACGGCCCGCUGAUAUCGUACGUGCUGCGGCUCGCCGACACGCAGCCCAACACUAACGAUGCUUUGGAGGAUAUGCCAGCUUCGAACAACACCCUGUUCUAUAUGUUCCAAAAUCUGGCGCCAGCUCGAGAGUAUGAGGUGUCGGUUGCAAUGCGCAACUCUGUAGGUGAAGGGCCGAGAGCUUACGUCAGGAUCUCUACGCCGCCCCUGCCCAAAUCCGUUUCCAAUCAGCAGCCCAUUUUAAUUCUGGGCGGUGAGCACAAUAUACUAGCGGCCCCCGCCAACGAUAUUCUUUCUGACCCAAUAGAGUUGUACAGUACGGAGCAAAUUAUAACAGGUGUCGGAUUGGACAUGUCUAGUGAUUCAUUGUUUGUGUCCGUAUCAAGCGGUUACGUGUACCGAAGUUCUUUGUCAAAGAAGAGCAUUCCCCAAGCGAUCCUUUCGCCUGAGCAUACACUGUACAAACCUCUAGACCUCUCGGUGGAUUGGCUGAACCGACAUCUGUAUGUACUGGGUGAAGUUUUCUACGACAGAGCACAAUCCAGCCGGUCGAACACCUCGUUGUAUUCAAAUUGGGAGAUAAUCCGUUGCGAUUUCGAUGGGAAGAAUCAAAUAGUCGCCCUGUCAGGGUUCAAUUCUCGACCCAUACAUUUCGAGGUUGAUGCUUAUAACGGUUAUUUGUUCUGGGCGUUGCGUGGCGUGGAGCGUGGUGGACUGUACCGGUUGGACUUGGCCAACAUCUCGAACGGCGUUCGCCACGACUCGCCUCCCGAACUGAUUGUGAGAGACGCCCACCUGGGAGCUUUUACAGUGGACCACGCUGACUUCCGACUGCUCGUAGCGCACCUGAGAAGGAACACGGUCCUAGCCGUUUCAUUGGACGGGCGGGAAGUAACAGACUUCAGGACGAACACCCAAACACCGAUGUUCUCGUCAGUGAGGUCGAUCGCUUACGCCGGCGGUCUGUUCUAUUGGACGAACGGCAGGGAAAUGUUGAUCGAGGAGUACCACGCAAAGAGCGACAGCUACUUCCACAACGAGUACCCGUUGGCGUACAACACCAAGUUGAUAGCGACCAGCCACGUGUUGGUGGCGUUGAGGAGUUGUCAGCCGAUACCGGUCCCGGUGAAUCCGCCAUUGGGCGUGCAAAGUGUGAUGGGAAUAAGCCGCGCCAAGGUGUCCUGGUCCCCACCGCACCUAUUGGGCCACCAGGGUAGCGGAGCGUGGCAGCAGUGGACUUUCCACCUUCAGCUGACGCAUAUGGAUAGUGGGCAUACGAUUGAUGUAAAGAACAUUAAUGAAUCAAUGUUCGUGGUACAAAAUUUAGAGCAAGAUGCUGAGUACGUAAUCAAAGUUGCAGCUCGAACUGAAUCGGGAUCAGGUCCCUGGUCUUCCGAGUUUGUCGGCAAAACUUUAGCGUCGACGCCCACAACGUUACAUAGCACGCUACUGUGGUCCGGUCCGGAUGGGUUAUUGCAGACAGAUUUGACCGGUGAAAACUUACAAACUAUCAUUCACAGGUCGCACAUGAAGAACUUCUACAUCACCGACAUCUCUUGGUAUCGUGACAAGCUGUAUUUGGUGACGAACGCCUCCACAGUGAUAUGGUACAACACGACGUCGUACGAGAAAGGUAUCAUGCCGAAUAUGGAAAACGUGGGCAGUUUAGCCGUGGAUUGGGUGGGAAAGAAGAUAUACUGGUCCAAUCCCAAACAGCAAUUGAUAACACGUGGAAAUUUCGAUGGUGGGAAUCGUGAACCGGUCCCAAUAGUCACAGUGGCGAAGGAGAUAACGAUAGAUUCAUUGGGCGCAUACAUUUACUGGAACACUGGCCACGCCGUUGAAGCGGCAAGACUGAAUGGCGAGAACAAAAUUAUCUACUACCCCGCACAGUUGUUCAGCGGGAAACAAGUGAUGGGCCUAACGACGGAUUUGGAAAAGAAAUGGUUAUACUGGUUGGUCAGAAGUUACGACGGCUCGGAGCUACAUAGGGCGCCGACGGCCGAUAAAAUAUCAACUGGUAUUACUGAGGUAUCGGGUUCGUUAGUGACGCGUCUGGAUGGUACUGCAACGCUUGGGCCCCUCUGCUACUUCAGCGGGCGGCUGGUGUGGGUGCAAGAUGCUUCCCGGGCGGUCGUCUCCGACUUAGCUGGCAAAUAUACGGCGGAGCUGGUGCCGAGGGUGCACGUCAUCGCUGUCAGGGAUCCAUUGCUGCACGCCGACAGUGAAUCUGUAAUAGCCAUCCCGGAGAUGAUCAAUGCGUCUUCGAUUGCGGUCGUGGGCACGUGGGAGCAUUUCAACGUGACUUGGGCGCCAGCUCAACGCGUCAACGUGAAAAACGGCCGUGUCUAUUAUGACGUCAGUUUGCAGUUCGAUGGACAGUUUAAGGUUGAGAGGACGGUGGACGUUCCGUGGGUGGAGGUGAGCGAACGCUCCCCGAUGCCGUACAGCAGUAUGGAGGUGACGGUGCGUGCGCACACGCACUGGGGCGGGGGGGCGGCGGCACGGACUCGCAUCCACUCGCCCCAAGCGGCACCCGCCGCGCCCCGCGCACCAGCCCUCUACGUUCAACGCGCGCACAGCGGUGGGCCAUUGGCUGCGGUGUUCCGAUGGAAAGCUCCUUCGCUUGCGAACGGAGUCAUCCGCGGUUACGAAGCUCAGUGUUGGUCACUGCCCGUCUCCUCCCCCACAACCGUCCCGGCUGCCAAGCCGUCGGCCUGUCCGAACGCAAUGUUGUCCCCGCUCCACACCCAACUCAUGUUAAGAGACCUUAUGCCGGACUCCACAUACUAUUUCCGGGUUAGAGCUUACACUGACGCCGGUUUCGGGCCUUACUCAACGGUAGUUUCGUCCCCGUCGGAUGAAAUAAACCCCAUACCGAAAGUAAUGCUCUCGUCACAAGAAUCGAUAAGAAUCUUCGACUUGGACUCCGGCGAGAGUGAAAUUAUACCGAAGAGCACCGGCAAGCCCGUUGACUUCGUAGUAUCGACGGAGGAGAAUAUUGUGUACUGGGUGAACAAUUUAGAAGAGAUAUUCUCUUCCAGAAUCAACGGUAGCGGUCACUACAAGCUGACUUCCAUCAAUGGAACAGCGACAAGUAUUUGCGUGGAUUGGAUAAGUCGUUCCGUGUACUGGACGCAACACGAACUCACCGCCACCGAAUCCUACGUCACUUACCGCGCGAAUCUGGGGAUACCCAACACGAGGCCGAAGAUCUCAAGAGUUUUUGCGAGAAAGCAACCCACAUAUAGUCUACAGGUGGCACCAUUGCAUAGGUCAUUAUAUUGGUACGAGGAGAGUAACCACCAAGGAUUGGGCACACUCAUGACAUCAGAGGUCAAUGGGUCAAACAUCCGAACAUUCUUUUCCAAUCACGAGGAAAAUCCCAAAUCACACAGCGACUGCAACUGCCCAGAGAACCCUCAAGUGGCGAGAACCUUCAUUCUAGAUAUGACUCGAGACAACAUCGAAUUGUAUUGGGUCGACCCUUGGGUGCAUCAGAUCGUCGCGGCAGACAUUGAGGGGUGCAAGUGCAGAGUCGUUGUGGACGCAGCGAAGAAGAAAUACGGCUUCAAUCCCAUGUCCGUAACCGUAGACAGCAAAUACGUGUACUGGUUCAAUUCAACAGAGAAAUCGAUAUAUUACACUAACAAGGUCAAGAGGAGCGAUAUCCAACACGCGAAAGCCGCGUACGGCUACAAAAUUGUGACGUUGGAUCCGGCCAACCAGCCGUAUCCGCCGCGGCAGUGCUUGUAUCCGAAAGCGGGGAACCUCCAUCCAAAAGUGAUAAGCAACUCGGCCAACAGCAUCACUUUGCAAAUGCCCAAAGUCGGCAAGCCCGCCUACUGCCACGACAUCCAUUACGAAAUGACGGCAACGGAGUAUACAGUUUACUAUCGCUUGCAAACCUCAAACGACACGACCGCCUGUGACAAAGAAACGUGCCCAUAUAAGACCACUACUGACGCGGAGCUAGUUCUAAACGAACUGAGACCGUUCACAAAUUACUCCGUUUUGCUGGAAGCGACUAAUUACUACGCGAAACUUUACGGGGUCAAACCCAUUGUGGGAUCCUCCUUAAUUUUACAAACGGCCGCGGAAGCACCAACGCCACCCAAGGACGUCACCGGAAUAGUCCUUAGUCCCGUGCUAGCACGCGUCGAUUGGACGCCUGUUCCCGGUUUGUCUUACGUGCUGCAUUGGCGAACGGACGAUUCUUCCUCUAUACCGCACAAGUUGAAAGAGCACAACAUGGUCGAGGUGUCGGAAGGGAGGAGCGCGAAUAUGACCCGAUUGAGCCCGGGUACUCAGUACACGGUGUGGGUACAGGCGCGGUCGGCGCACAGCCCGGUCGCCGCUGACUCGGCCCCCAUACGACUGCGCACCGCGCCGUGGCCCGCCCCGUUAGCGCUCAUAAACGCCACCGCCUAUGCCUUGCGCGUGCUCUGGCCGCCUCCCACGAGCUACCAACUUCACCAAUACAACGUGGAAUACGCCGAGUCUUCGCUUUCAAAGGAUUUGUGGAAGACGUGCGUGCAGAGUGAGCGCGACGAGUGGACGGCCAGCGGGCUGCGGCCGCGAACUCGCUAUCGCUUCCGCUUACGCCUGCAGUACGUCGCACACACACCACCCUAUCACUGGCCCCAUGACGAACGCUUCACUUACGAGACACUGGGUGACGUCCCGGGUCCGCCCGGACCGCUGUCAGUAGAAGCAGUGGGAGACAGAGUGCUUCGUGCAUGGUGGUCGGAACCCGAUCCAAAAGGCUCUCCAGUAACUGCCUAUCGCGUUUGGGGACGGCCGCAAAAUCGUGCUAGCAACACCGAAGAAAAUGAUGUCAAAAACUUAAGUGAACUGGUACCCCCAAAUUAUCUAAAUGACGUUGAUGACGAAAUGAAAAUGCACAUAUUACGCGAAGGACUUCAAUUGCUUCAUAACGGAACUGAGUCGUACUGGCUCAUAGGCGCGGGCGAGGUGUCGGACGGGUACGUGGCGCGUGUGCAAGCGCGCAACGAGUACGGGUGGGGCGCGUUGUCUGUGGGCGCGGAGAUAACGGGCGCGCCGCUCGCGCCGCCACUGCGGCUCCACCCCGCCGCGAUCGCCGCCGCCGCGGCCGCGCUCGCCGCCAUAGCGCUCGCGACGUUCGCCACGCUCCUUUGCACGUACAAGAAUCGUAACAAGAAAAAAGCGGCUAUGGAAUCACAAAUCACCACUGCAAUGCCCAGACGAGGACCCGAUGUGGAAUUGGCGACGCUACGGCAGCUGCCAAUACGACAUUCCACCAACAUUUUAUACAACCAGGGCGUGCUGAGCCCCACCGAGGCGGAGCUGUCCGCGCUGCCGCACGUGCGUCGCGAACACAUAACCCUGAACAAGUUUCUGGGCUCGGGUGCGUUCGGCGAGGUGUUCGAGGGGGUCGCCAGACAGCUGGCUGACAGCCCUGCCGAAACAAAGGUCGCGGUUAAGACCCUCAGAAAAGGAGCGACGGAGCAGGAAAAGUGCGAGUUCUUGAAGGAAGCCGCUCUAAUGUCCAACUUCAAGCACGAACACAUUCUACGGUUGCUGGGCGUGUGCCUUGACAACGAUCCCAACUACAUCAUCAUGGAGCUCAUGGAGGGUGGGGACCUGCUCAGCUACCUCAGGGCUAAGCGCUCCUCACUUUACACGCCGGAAUCGCUGACGCUCCUGGAUCUGUUGAACAUGUGCGUUGACGUAACGAAAGGUUGCCGCUACUUGGAAGAGAUGCACUUCGUCCAUCGGGACCUUGCCGCUAGGAACUGCCUCGUAGCACACAGAUCUGGGGGAAGGGUAGUCAAGAUCGGCGACUUUGGUCUUGCCAGAGACAUUUACAAGAAUGACUAUUACAGGAAAGAAGGAGAAGGAUUAUUGCCUGUACGAUGGAUGGCCGUGGAAUGCUUAGUGGAUGGAGUUUUCUCAUGUCAAUCCGACGUUUGGGCCUGGGGCGUGCUAUGUUGGGAGGUGCUGUCGCUGGGACAACAGCCGUAUCCCGCGCGCACCAACCGGCAAGUGCUGGAUUACGUCAGAACCGGAGGCACACCCGACCGGCCGCCCAACUGUCCAGCAAUGUUGUACGAGCUACUGCAAAAGUGCUGGAGUUAUAGCGCCGAGGCAAGGCCUUCGUUCCGGCAUUGUCUGGAGGUGGUGACGUCACUGCGCGACGCGACCGCCCCGCACGCCCCGUUGGCCGCGCAGCCAACGCCCGGACACCACUACCUUACACUACUGGCGGACGAUGCAGUCGACAACCGCACCUACCUGCUGGACGAGAAUGAAAACGCCUGCAUAGACGAAGACUUUCCGGAGCAGCAGAUGGAGCCGUCGAGGCUUCUGCCGCAGCCGAAGUACCUCGAGCUGAUGUACGACAGCGACUCGGGGGCGGACACGCUGUGCGACGGGUACGAGAUACCGCGGACGCCGAUCUCGUACAUACCGUUCUCGCGCCACAGCAUAGUGGGCGUCGCGCCGAACAGACUGAUCAAGCCGCCGCUAUACCGCACGCACUCGCUGCGCGCGCGUCCGAUGCGCACGCACUCGCUGCGUGCACACGCACGCCCCCCAAACGCCACUAUAGUCCCUCUAAGGAACGGAAUCGUCAAACGGGCCUCGCUAUGCGAAGCCCGGGAGCCCCGGCCCUCCUCAAGUGGUCAAUUCGACAAGCAUAUCUUUAAGACACCGUUC